AUGGCUUGCACAAGUCAUCAAAGAAAGAAAGAAAUCACAAUAUACUUAUACAUCAAAACAGAUAGAAGACAACCGAUGGCUAUAUCAGUAGUAACGAUUGUCGUCACAUUGUUAUUGCUUAUAUGCAUACAAGUGAAUGAUGCAUCGACCAUCAAUCCCAUCACAUCGUUGCCAACAUAUGAUAAAGCUAUCAAGGGACAAUACUCUGGAUACAUCACAGUAGACACUAAGCAAUACUUCUAUUGGUUCAUUGAAUCUGAAGCCAACUCAAAGGAUCCCUCUCAGGAUCCAUUUAUAAUUUAUAUAUACUUAUACCCGUUCCUAUUCUUAAUAAUAGUAGCUCAAGAUAGAAAUAAUGAACAAAAGAAUAAUAAUAGUAAUAGUAAUGAUAAUGAUAAUAGUAGUAAUGAUAAUAAUAAUCAAGAUACUGAACAACAACAACAACAACAACAACAACAACAACAACAACAAGAUAACAAGAGAAUAUAUACAGAAGAAGAGUUAUCAAGUCAGAGUAAACAAAAAGUGGCUGCUAUAUGUAAUGAUUUAAAGAUAGAGUAUAGAGAGAGUGAUACAAAGAAGAUAUUGAUCCAAUAUAUAAUGGUGUAUCAUAUCAAAAGUAAGACAAGGGAUGUUAAUCAUCCAUCUAUUGUUAUCAUUUGUAGUUUAAUAUCUCAACAUUCAUUGAAUUCAUUUUAUUCAACUAUCAAAUUUCACGGCUAUCCAUUAAAUAAAGAAGGACCAAGUGUUUUGGUAAUCAUUGCAUCAACCACUUGUCCGUGUGUCACAACUAACGAGGAAUCAUAA